AUGGAAAUGUGGAAGUAUACUCGAACAUGCUUUUACUAUAUGGAUGGGAAUCAAUGGAAGCUACUGACAAAUGAUAGAAUCCAAGAAGAAGGUGUGAACCUGCAGUGGGUGCUAUGUAAUUCAAAAAUUGAAACCAACGAGCACUUGUUCUUCAAAUGUAGAUUUACUAAGGAAGUGUGGGAUCGAAUCAAAGAAUGGUUGGGUCUUACCAAAACAAUGUCUACUUUAAAAGCUACUCUGAAGUGGCUCCAUAAGGAAGCAAAAGGUACUGGGAUUCAGGCAAUUGGGAAGAAGGUGUGCUUGGCAGUCACGAUCUACUUCAUAUGGCACUUCCGGAAUAGAUGGAAAUUUGAAGCGAAAAGGAUAUCCCCCUCAGAACUACUUGAAGUGAUCCAAAGUUCUGCUGUUAGUUUGGAUCUUCUUGUUGUUUUGUUAGGAAGGUCUUGUGGCCUAAAUUUCCCUUCAACCCAACCAAAGUUCCCAGCCAUCCUCGUUUUCGGAGACUCGUUGGUGGACACAGGCAACAACAACUUCAUUGACACAACCUUUAAGGCGAAUCACUUUCCAUAUGGCCAACUGUUCCCAGGUCACGUUGCCACAGGGAGGUUCACCGAUGGAAAAAUGGUUCCUGACAUGUUGGCUUCUUCACUUGGUAUCAAAGACACAGUCCCUCCCUUCCUUGAUCCAAACCUUUCAGAUGACGAUGUCAAGACUGGUGUCGACUUUGCAUCAGCAGGGUCUGGCUAUGAUGACCUCACAACGUCGCUGUCUGGUGUGAUUGCCGUGUCGAAGCAAGCAGAGUACUUAAAGGAUUACGUGGAGAGGCUCAAGAGGAUCGUGGGGGAGGGAGAGGCUACUAAGAUAUUGAACUGUGCUCUUGUUCUUAUAGUUGCAGGGUCAAAUGACUUUGCACUUAAUUACUUUCCUAUGCCUACUCGGAAGGCUCAAUUUACUCUUGAUGGAUACCAAGAUUUUCUUCAAGAAAACCUUCAAAACUUCGUAAAGAAUUUAUACAAUGUCGGCCUACGGAAAAUGGCGAUAGGAAGUCUUCCUCCAUUUGGAUGCUGGCCAGACGUGAAAGCUCUAAAACUUGUUCCGUUGGCUGUAAGUUGCUCGGAGAUUAUCAAUGUAGCUGCUAAAUCUUACAACGACAAGCUUAUGAAUAAGAUUCCUCAAUUACAAGCAUCGCUCCCUGGCUCCCAAAUUGUCUAUGCCGAUAUAUACGGGCCUUUGCUUGACAUGGGCAAUAAUCCCCAAAACUAUGGUUUUGUGGUAGCAGACAGAGGAUGUUGUGGGACUGGAUUUGUAGAGUUGGCAGAACUUUGCACCCCAAUCACACCCACAUGCUUGAAUUCUUCACAAUACAUGUUUUGGGAUAGUGCCCAUCCCACCCAAUCUGCCUACACCCACGUUGCCACCUCCCUUCUCACAAAUGUCUUGCCCACCUUUCACUAG